GAGUCAUUAUCACUAUAUCAAGUUUAUUUAUGAGUUUUGGACUUGGGUGGAUAGCAAAAUCAAAGCCAUUACUAUGGUGUCUCAUUACGUAUUUUGUGGCAAACACAAGUUAUUCAAUUAAUUUGCCACUGUUAAGGUGGAAGAAAUCUACAAUUUCUACACUAUUGUCAGCUGUACCAACUAUGCUAAUAGCAAAUAAUGUUGCACCUUUUCUUCAUAUGAAGACUUAUGUUCUCGAGAAGACAACUAUAUUUCCAAGAUCAAUAGUCUUUACCAUUUUGGUAAUGAGCUUUUACUAUUCAGUCAUUAUGUUGUCUAAGGACAUACCCGACAUUGAAGGAGACAAAGCAGCGGGUAUACAAACUUUGUCAGUACGCUUAGGUCCAAAGCUGGUAUUCUGGACAUGUGUUUUACUCCUUGAAAUGGCUUAUGGAAUUGCCAUUAUCAUGGGAGCAAUAUCUCCCUUCUUAUGGAGUAAAAUUUUCACGGUCUUAGCUCAUGGAAUCAUGGCUAUAAUUUUAUGGUUUCGUGCUAAUUCUGUUGAUUUAAAGAGCAAAGAUGCCUCCCAAGCCUUUUAUAUGUUUAUCUAUAAGCUUCUUUGGGUGGAGAACAUCCUUAUACAUUUCGUGAGAUGAAGAUGCACAAGUAGUAUUAUUCAUAUAAUAAAUAGUGCAAACUUUAAUUUUCCAUCUGCUAUAUGUAUAUUGGUUCAAAAAAUAAUUUCAUUAGAUAUAAAGUUA